UGUGUGUGUGGAUGUGUGGAAGCAAAGGAGGAGGAGAAGGCGGCGAAGGAGAAGGGGGCGCCCGUCCGCUGCCCCAGCGAGCAGGGGGGUGAAAAACGCAGAGAGAAAGAAGCUCAGCUAUCAUGAGCCAGCGAAGCAAGCGCUAAGCGGGGUCCGCAGCCGGAGGAUCAGAAGCACUUUUAUCUUCCAAGCGCGGAUGGAACGUUGAAGAGGCCACAUCAAAAGCUCCUGGCUGGGGGCAAAACACCCGAUCGAACGUUGGGACAAACAUUCGAUCGAACGUCGGGGCGGCCGAACGACCAGCCCGAGAGGCACAGGCAGACCGAACGUUCGGGAGAGCGCCUUUUCCCCGUCCUCUCUAAUUUAUUUUCCCACUCUCGCUUUUUUCCUUUUCCUUUCCUUUUUAAAAAAAGCCUCCCUCCCUCGUUUUGCUACAUUGUAGCCAUUUCCGUUUGCUUGGACAUUGUUAAAGCUGCCUCCACCGUCUCCGUCGCCGCCGGGAGAACAAUAGGAAGGCAGGAGGGGCGACCGGGGCGCCCACCCCGGCUGCGCCCCGGGAAUCUUCAGCCAUACUUGUGGAUGUAACCCUCCCCCACCACAAAGCUGAGCAGAUUUGUUUUUCUAAAAAAGACAGACACCAUUUGAAUCGGUGGGAAUAUGAACCAGCAACAAAGGAUGGCUGCAGCAGGAACAGAUAAAGAACUAAGUGACCUCCUCGAUUUCAGUAUGAUGUUUCCCUUGCCAGUGACUAAUGGAAAAAACAGACCCACGACUCUUGGUAGCGCGCAGUUUGGUGGAUCAGAAGGUUUGGAUGAACGAUCGACCUCAGGUUCUUGGGCAACAGGAGAUCAGAACAGCUCCACGUUUGACCAAGUCAGGGGUUAUGGCGAAGGUUCACACUACAGUGAACACAGGGACCUGCCAUCCCAUAACAGCAUAUCUUCGUCAUCAUUCCUGGGGUCUGGAAUAGUAGGAAAAGGUACAGAAAGAGGCACCUACCCAUUUGGAAGAGAUGCUGGCAUGCCAACUAUUAAUCAGCCUGGCUUUCUGCCUAGCGAGAUGGGGAUUUCGAGUCCCAGCACGCUCUCCCCAACAGGGGUGAAGGGAAGCUCGCAGUACUACCCAUAUACCAACAAUCCUCGCAGGAGAGUUGCAGACAGCAACAUAGGUAUGGACAACCAAAUGCCUCUAAGAAGCCCCAGAAUUGUUUAUGAAGGCAGAUCAUCUCUGUCUUAUUUUUAAACCAUAAGCCAGCAUUUGGAAGGAAGGUUUCAGUUUAGCUAUGUCAGUCUUGUCUUUGCUUUCUAAGAACCUAGGAAGAGACUGUUGCAUCAGGC